AAGGAGCUGGUGGUCCCAGAAGCAAUCAAAAACAAAAUGUGGGCCCCAGUCUAACCCAUUCAAAUUAAUCGUGGUUAGAUUCCACUCUCUGGUUAAUCCCUCUUUGCAGAUCUCUAUCUCUACAGCUCCUUCCUCAGCUUUGCAGAUUCUAUUAGGGUUUCAGAAUUCAUUCGUAAAAUUCAAAAAAAAACUCAUAAUCUUCUUCUGAAUUGCUCUCUAACUUUGCAAAUUCUGUUGUUCUUUGUUGUUUUUCUUUUCAAUUUCGAAAUUGGGUCGGAAUUAAAUGGAUCCAAGGGUUCUUUGAUUUCGCUGCAAAUUGAUCGGAGUUGAGACAGAUGGAGACGCAGAGGAUAAUCGAAUUGCCACAUAGAAACAUGGAUAAACGUCCUCGAAAGAGGCCUCGUUUAACUUGGGACAUGCCUCCUCCUCCUCUUCCUCCUCCCAAGGUCCUUUCAGCUAUGUAUUAUGGGCAGGAUUUUGGGAACGGAGUAGCCAUUCCCAAUUAUGCAUAUCCAAAUAUGUUUUACAGGGAUGUUCCCGUUCCUCGACAUGGCUCCCCUCCUUGGAGACCUGAUGAUAAAGAUGGGCAUUAUGUCUUUGCCAUUGGCGAGAGUUUGACACCUCGCUACAGAAUUCUUAGCAAAAUGGGUGAAGGGACAUUUGGGCAAGUUUUGGAAUGUCUUGAUAAUGAAAAGAAACAAGUCGUUGCAAUAAAAAUUGUUCGCUCCAUACACAAGUAUCGUGAAGCUGCCAUGAUUGAAAUUGACGUCCUACAGAGGCUUGCCAGGCACGACAUUGGUGGCACUCGUUGUGUGCAAAUACGGAAUUGGUUUGACUAUCGUAAUCAUAUUUGUAUUGUCUUUGAGAAGCUUGGACCAAGCUUAUACGAUUUUCUCCGCAAAAACAGCUACCGUUCAUUUCCCAUUGAUCUUGUUCGGGAGCUUGGCAGACAACUUUUGGAGUCUGUUGCAUUUAUGCAUGAAUUGCGGUUGAUUCACACAGAUUUGAAGCCUGAGAAUAUUCUACUUGUUUCCUCUGAAUAUAUCAAAGUUCCAGAUUAUAAGUUUCUUUCACGGUCCACAAAAGAUGGCUCCUAUUUCCAGAAUCUGCCAAAAUCAAGUGCUAUUAAGCUCAUUGAUUUUGGGAGUACUACAUUUGAACAUCAGGAUCACAGUUAUGUGGUGUCAACGCGCCAUUAUCGUGCACCAGAGGUUAUCUUAGGACUUGGAUGGAACUAUCCUUGUGAUUUAUGGAGUGUUGGUUGCAUACUUGUUGAAUUAUGCUCUGGUGAGGCCCUUUUUCAAACACAUGAGAACUUAGAACAUCUUGCCAUGAUGGAAAGGGUUUUAGGGCCACUGCCACAACAUAUGAUGGUCAGAGCUGACCGUCGUGCUGAGAAAUAUUUCAGGAGAGGUACACGAUUAGAUUGGCCUGAGGGUGCAACUUCAAGAGAAAGCAUGAGAGCAGUUUGGAAAUUGCCUCGACUGCCGAACCUAAUCAUGCAGCAUGUAGAUCAUUCUGCUGGUGAUUUGAUUGAUCUCUUGCAAGGGCUCUUACGAUAUGAUCCAGCAGAUCGACUCAAAGCCAGGGAAGCUCUGAGACAUCCAUUCUUCACAAAAGAUCCAAGAAGGUGUGGCUACCCUUUAUAAUGUGGACACACCUCAUUCUUAAAAUGAAGAGGCUUUGAAGCAAAAGUCAUAUAACAAGGAGAUACCUCGUCGCAGUUGAUGUCGUGACAUUUAUUUAAUAUACAAUUGUUUCCAUAUAGUAAAGAGUAAUAUCUUUCCUCCCAUGCCCUUUUGUCGAUUGGUGUGUUUCUGUUCUAUGGUGAUCCUAAUUGAUCUAUAAUUUCUGGUUUGUUUUGUGAUGUUCGUGAAGUAAAAUACUGAAAAUACCAAUUAUAACAGCAUGUGAGAGUUCCUUCUCUUUUCA